AUGGUUCAACAAGUUGGUAUUCGUUGCUUUAAUCUGUUGAUUUUGAGGUAUGGGAUCUCAUUUGAAAGAGCUUACAAUUAUGUAUCUGGAUUACACACAUGUCGUCCUCAUAGAGCAGCAAUUGCAUGGCCAACAUGGGAUUUGAUAGCUAUGGUGGAAAAUUCGAAACAUGAGGGGCCCGCUACCCAUGCUGUCACAUUUGUGUGGAAUGCACAUGAGGGAGAGAAUGUGGAAUUAAUUGGAGAUUUCACCAGGAAUUGGAAAGAACCAGUUAAAGCAAUUCAUAAAGGUGGGCCACGAUAUGAAGCUGAAGUUCGACUUGCACAACGGAAGUAUUAUUAUUAUAAGUUUAUAGUGAAUGGAGAUUGGAGGCAGUCACCAACUUCACCUACAGAAAGUGAUGAUAGGGGGAAUGUUAAUAACAUACUUGAGGUUGGUGACGUGGCAAGUGUGACGCCUUCUAUUCAACAUCCAAAGAAGGAUGUGAAUAUUGUGAAAGUGAUUGAUAGGCCAUUGACAAAAAAUGAGCAGUUUAUGUUAGCAAAAGCGGCUCGAUGUGUUGAAUUCUCUGUGUGUCCUAUAACGCUGACUCUCAAAUAG